AUGACCAACAGGCGUGUGUUUGCGUUCGCAGAGCCCAUGCACGGCCCACGACAGCUGAAGGUUCUGGACAUCAGAUCUCGACAGGUUACCGUUCGCUGGGAACCUUUCGGCUACAAUGUGACGCGUUGCCAUAACUACAGUCUGACGGUCCAGUACCGCGCCAGAGGAGGCGGGAAAGAGGAGAGCAGGGAGGAGGCGUCUUAUGACAGUCGUAGCUCCGCCCCCCAGCACACCAUCCGUAACCUCACGCCUUACACCAACCUGAGCGUCAAACUCGUCCUGCGCAACCGCGAGGGCAUCAAAGAAAGUCCAGAAAUACACGUUCAGACCGAUGAAGAUGUGCCAGGUGAAGUUCCUCUGGAGUCAAUCCAGGCCAGUGUGUAUGAGGAGAAGAUUGUGUUGAAGUGGAGAGAACCGGCUCACACCUUCGGCAUCAUCACUCAAUAUGAGAUCUCAUUUAAAGCCGUCAGCUCAUUCGAUCCGCUGCUGGAUCUCUCCAAUCAAAGUGGAAAGGUGGAUAAGUUUGGAAACGAGACGAGUCACGUGUUUCUGGGUCUCUAUCCGGGGUCCACAUACUCCUUCACCAUCAGAGCCAGCACGGCCAAGGGUUACGGUCCACCCGCCAUCACACAGGCAACCACAAAGAUCUCGGCUCCAUCAAUGCCAGUGUAUGAUCAGGAGACGCCUCUGAACCAAUCAGACAGCAGUGUGACGGUUGUUCUCAAACCCGCUCAGAGCAGAGGAGCUCCUGUCAGUGUGUAUCAGGUGAUUGUGGAGGAGGAGAGGCCUCGGAGAGCUCGAGGAGGUGAAGCAGAAGUUCUCCGCUGUUAUCCUGCGCCGGUUCACUAUCAAAACGCCAGCAGUCUGAACUCACGGUACUACUACACUGCAGAGUUUCCCUCCGCUGCCGUCCCGUCACCACAACCCUUCACUGUCGGAGACAACCGGACCUACAGCGCUUACUGGAACACUCCUCUCCUGCCGCACAAGAGCUACAGCAUCUACUAUCAGGCCGUCAGCUCAGCCAAUGGGGAGACGAAAAUCGACUGUGUCCGUGUGGCUACAAAAGUGGACUACAUUGAGUACGACAGACUUUUACUCACAGGGAACCCGUUUGGGAACGGUAGUGAUGCGGAAAGUCGUGACGACAGAUGCGUCCCUAACAAGCUGAGGCAUCCUGAACAGAGGUGCGGACCUUCUAUCGAGGGGGACCCACUCUACGGAGAUUGGCACCUCCACCCUCAGAUAGUGGGAAUGUUAUGGAGGAGAUUCGGUCAGGCAACCGUAGAUUUAUUCGCCUCACGCAAAAACUCCCACUGUCCUAUGUUCUUCUCGCUAAAGGACUUGGAUGUGCCCCUCGGGGUGGACGCACUGGCCCACCCAUGGCCCAAGUGCCUGAUAAUUCCCACAUUGGCCAGAGACCUUAUGCAUAAAGGCAGAUCUUUUUCCACAAUUAAGGUCUACCUGGCAGCUAUUUUUGCCUGUCAUGUGGGAUUUGAGGGCUCAACAGUCGGCCAGCAUCCUUUAAUCCGCAGAUUUAUAAAGGGUGCCUGUCGCUCCUUGCCAGUCAUCAGGAGAACCGUCCCUGAAUGGGACCUCUCCAUGGUGCUGGAGGCCCUGUCUCAGUAUCCUUUUGAGCCCCUGGGAGGCAUUUCCUUGAAGCUGUUGUCCUUCAAGACGGCUUUGCUUUUGGCCUUGGCAUCAGCCAAACAUUUCAACAUAUAUGACCAGGACCAGUGUUUUCAGGAAGAGCAACCAGCUCUUUAUUUCAUGGGCACCCCCUCACAAUGGGAGUCCCAUAUCUAA